CCGGUGCCGCUCGCUGGGAGGUGCCAAACGCAUGCGCAGAGCGGCGCGGGAGAGUUCCAGCUCGGGCGGGCUGAAGGGGGGGGGGCUGCGGCUGGGCGAGACCAUGAGGGAUCGCACGCAGGAAUUCAGAGAGGAUGACGGGAGCUCAGACGAUGAGGAGGCCGAGCGGGUGGUCCUGGUCGUGAAGCCAGGAUCGGCCAAGUCCAAGGAUGAAGGGGAGCCGCCGGACGAGUUCUUCCAGACGGCCCGGGGGAUCCGUGAGGCGCUGAAGACCCUGGAGGGGAAGGUGAAGGAUCUGGAAAAGCAUCAGACCACGAUUCUGGCCACCCCGCUGCCGGAGGACAGCAUGAAGCGAGAUCUGCAGAGACUGCGUGAGGAGAUCAAGGGUCUGGCCAAAGACAUUCGGAGCCGCCUGAAAACCAUCGAACCCAAGAAGGGCGAGGAGGAUGAGAACAGAAACGCCAUCAACAUCCGGAUGAAGAGAACCCAGCACGGCAUCCUGUCCCAGCAGUUCCUGGAGCUGAUCAACAAGUGCAACACCAUCCAGUCGCAGUACCGGGACCGCAACGUGGAGCGAAUCCACCGCCAGCUGCAGAUCACCGGCGGCGGCGUGGUGUCGGACGAAGAGCUGGAGCAGAUGCUGGAGAGUGGCCAGACGGAGGUGUUUGUCUCUAACAUCAUGAAGGACACGCGUGUGACCAAGCAGGCGCUGAACGAGAUAGAGACCCGGCACGACGAGAUCCUCAAGCUGGAGCGCAGCAUCCAGGAGCUGCACGAGAUGUUCACCUACCUUGCCACCGAGGUGGAGCUGCAGGGGGAGAUGAUCGACCGGAUUGAGAAGAACAUCCUGGACUCACAGGAUUACGUCAAGAAGGGACACGUCCAUCUCAGCUCGGCCCGGGAGAGCCAGCAGAAAGCCCGCAAGAAGAAGUUCAUGAUCAUCAUCUGCCUCUCGGUCACCGUCGUCAUCGUUGUGAUUAUCAUCGGAGUGGCCAUCGCCACCGGCUAGACCUGUGUUCGGUUUCCACCCCCCUCUCCCC